AUGGCCGACGAAGUUGGUGUUGUACAGCUUUCGCGUGAGUUGGAAACUAUGUGAGAUUUCAUGAGUAAACUCUUAUGGUGAGAAUGAAUAUAAGCGAAACAAAUUCGUAUGGUAAUGGUCUGCUGUAUGCAGGCUUUAAUCAAGACCAAGGCUGUUUUUCUUGCGGCAUGGAAAAUGGUUUUAGGAUAUACAACUGUGAUCCUUUGAAAGAAAAAGAACGCCAAGAUUUCCCAGAUGGAGGUAUUAACCAUGUGGAAAUGCUUUUUCGUUGUAAUUAUCUAGCACUUGUGGGAGGUGGCCAACAUCCCAAGUAUCCUAGGAAUAAAGUUAUGGUUUGGGAUGACUUGAAAAAGAAAUGUGUCAUAGAACUGGAUUUUUCAAGUGAUGUGAAAGCCGUGAAACUCAGGAGGGACAGGAUUGUAGUUGUGCUUGCAGAGCUCAUAAAAGUCUUCACAUUUACACAAAAUCCUCAACAACUUCAUGUAUUUGAGACAGCGCUUAAUCCUAAAGGCCUCUGUGUCUUAUGUCCAAGCAGUAACAACUCUUUAUUAGCAUUUCCUGCACGUAAGACCGGACAUGUACAGAUUGUGGACCUGGCCAACACUGAGCGAGCUCCACAGGAGAUUGCAGCCCAUGAAGCUGCUUUGAGUUGCAUUGCGAUGAAUUUACAGGGAACACGACUAGCCACAGCUUCAGAAAAGGGUACAUUAAUAAGAGUUUUUGAUACAAGUAAUGGAGCACAGCUUCAUGAACUCAGGCGAGGAUCAGGCAGUGCUAAUAUCUACUGUAUCAACUUUAACCAUGACUCGGAAUUGCUGUGUGUUUCAAGUGAUCAUGGUACUGUUCAUAUCUUUGCUAUUGAAGAUCCUAAGAAAAACAAGCAGUCUAGUCUUGCCUCAGCACAUAACUUUCUACCAAAAUACUUCAGUUCUAAGUGGAGCUUUUCAAGAUUUCAAGUCCCUGGUGACCCACACUGUGUUUGUGCGUUUGGAAAUGAAAAGAACACAGUAAUAGCCAUAUGUGCAGACGGAAGUUACUACAAGUUUGCAUUCAAUGCCAAAGGAGAGUGUUCCCGAGAUGCGUACGCACAAUUCCUUCAGAUGACUGACGGAGACUGAAUUUCUCACCAAAUUAGGUUUUUUUUUUACUGAAUUAUGAUAGGAAGCGAAAAAUUCGCAAUCAAGCCGUAAAACACUUUUUUUUGUGUGGAUCACAAUAAGAUGAAACGUCUUAGCUGAAGAUGAAGUUCAAAAUGUUUUAGCUGCAGAGCAAUAUAAAUAUGUACAAUAAUUAACGUAAUGCCUCUAAGUGCCUAUGAAGUAAAAAAUAAUUGCUGCUUAUUUGAAAGGCUUUUCAAAUUAAAGAAGAAUGGCGUUUUUCUUUUCGGAAUAUCUUUUUUUGUUUUAGAGAUAUUCACGUUUUUGUAUUAUGCAAAUGAGGCAAGUGAUGAUGUCUUCAAUAGUUCGCUUAAACAGUAAAGUACUGAAUCAAGAACAUCUCCAGAAAUACUGGAGCAGUGUUCUUCAAACUUGGCACCAGAAAUGUACAUCAUAA